AGUAGAUUUUGGACUUAGAAAAUCCGAACAUAACUUACCAUACGACUAACGCCACUCUCUCUCUUAAUUCCAUUCCUAAUUCUAAACCAUCACUAAUUCUCAAUUUAUUAUUUAUAUAUCAACUAUUCUUCAUCUUUUGAUGAUCAACCUCAACAAGAAGCAAAGAAUUCCCACAGCUCUCCAAUGAAGGAUCGCAGGAAACGCAGCGUCUUCUCAUGGAGAGCACUCUUCUUUCUCCUCACCGUCGUCCUCCUCUUCCUCGCCGCCUUCUCCUCCUCCCUCGCUCGUCUCUGGCUUCCAGCAGGAAGUUUUCAACCUAAACUUAUAUCAAAACGGAAUAUUCCGGCGAUGGAGGUGAUAUCGGCGGAGAAUUGUUUAUCUCCGGUGGCUGUAUCAAUUCGAGAAACGGUUAUUUUCCCCGACGAGGCUGUUGUUUUCCUGAAAUACCCUCCGUCAGCUUCCUUAUUUACCAAAGACGACAUCAACUGCAUAUAUCUAUUUCCCAACUCAUCCCACCCGCAACUUUUCCUCUCCCCUUCGGCGACGGACUCCGACGGCGGAGGCCACCACAUCGUGCGGUGCCCCCUUCCCCCGACACGUGGCACGAUUGUUUCCCUUUCAAUUAAGCACAACGGUGAUCACCUCGCCCCUGGCCCGAUGCAGAGAUGGGAUUCUCUAGCGUAUGAGGCCAUGAUCGACGGCAGCGACAACACAACCUUAGUUUUCGUGAAAGGCUUCAAUCUACGGUCGGGGAGAGCCGCGGAUUCUUCUAAAUUCAAGUGCGUCUACGGCUCUGAUUCGGUGUUGUCGGCCGACGCCGUCUCCGCCGCUCAAGAGGUCGUCAGAUGCCGCACCCCUUUGAGCGUGCUCAACGGCUCGCAUCCCGACAACUCUAUUAAGGUUUCGGUUAGAGUUGUUGGGAAGCAGGCUGUUGACUCUGCAGCGCGCUUGCAGAGUCCUGAGCUGACGCCUCUGUCAAGUACAGGCGGAAGCUCAGGCAAGUCACACAAGAUGUGUGUGUGCACAAUGCUGAGGAAUCAAGCAAGAUUCCUCCCGGAAUGGAUCAUGUACCACGGCAGCGUAGGCGUGGAGCGAUGGUUCAUCUACGACAACAACAGCGACGACGAAGUGGACAGCUUGGUGGGUACACUAGCCGGCUUGGGCUACAAUGUCUCGCGCCACCUGUGGCCGUGGAUCAAGACUCAAGAGGCUGGUUUCGCGCACUGUGUGGUGAGGGCGAGGGACUCGUGCGAGUGGGUGGGUUUCAUCGAUGUGGACGAGUUCCUCCACUUACCCUCUGGCUCCUCGUCUCUGUACGAAGAUGUAAUUAGGCCAUUGGGGGCGGAGGAGGGGGUAGGGGAGGCGCGCGUGGCGUGCCACAGUUUUGGGCCGUCCGGGCUGAGGGAGGCCCCCGCAAGAGGGGUGAUGGCCGGGUACACGUGCAGGCUGGCUGCACCGGAGAGGCACAAGAGCAUUGUUAGGCCAGAGGCGUUGGACGCUUCGUUGAUCAAUCUGGUCCAUCAUUUCCAUCUGAAGCCCAGAUUCUGGCAUGUUAAUGUGAACCGGACGUCGUUGGUGAUCAACCACUAUAAGUACCAAGUGUGGGAGGUGUUCAAGGAGAAGUUCUACCGGAGAGUGGCAACGUACGUGUCGGACUGGCAGCAGGAGAGGAACGUGGGCUCCAAGGACCGGGCACCGGGUUUGGGGACCAAGGCUGUCGAGCCAUCAGAUUGGCCUUCAAGAUUCUGUCAAGUUAAGGAUACCGACUUGAGGGAUCGGAUUUUGGAUACUUUCACCGAUCCUCAAACUGGCUACUUACCGUGGGAAGAUCAGCAUAGGAGGAGCCAAACCUGAGUUUCAAGACAACUACACAAACUGUGGUUAUUUUUAAAAGUUAAUUCAUAUUUUAAUGUUGGUAACUGUAGUUAUACAUGUAGAUACUUGAUUCAUUAUUUGUACAUAAGAUUAUGAGGAGGGUGUAUGACAUCUUGCGGAAAUGGAAAUACUCAUGAUUCUUGAAUAA